GAAAGCCGUUGGGUUCCCGUUUCUCUCCAGAGCCAAGACAAGGCAAUUCCAAGUCUUGAAUUCCUCAAUUGUCCCCGACCCAUCUAACUCGGGCCUUCGGCACUUCUUCUUUGCCUCCAGUAUAAAACUUUUUCCCUCCCUUGGUGGUUAGCAUUUCCGCUUUGCGCAUGGAAUAUACAUCUUCUUCCAUCUAGUUAUUCCUGCCUCCUCAUAACAACAAACCCCGUGCACAAUUAUCGGAUCCCCUUAAAUUAAGCACCUCAUUUGAUCACCAUCACACUUGGAUCUCAACCCGAGGCUCCAACCGCCUUCUCUCAAAAUGGUUCAUAGGCACCAUCAUCAUGAGUCUACAAUCCCAGGCGAGAUCCCUGUCCCGCACGGUCCUCCAGACAGCGAUUCUGAGCACAUCUCAGAUGAGCCUAUCGCCUAUGCUACUGCUGAUGAGCGUCGCAUCUUCAGCCAUGUAACCCGCCCAGACGACUCCUACACUGAGGACGGUGUCUACUGGGCUGAUCUGCCACUGGCUCAGCGUUAUCGGUUCGUUUCAAAGGUAGACAACGAUGCUGCCAAGGAGGAGGCCAAGACUGCUUGGUCUAUGUUUAAGGAGGAUCCUCUAUCACCUUUCUCGUGGUAUUUCCGCCAUGCUGUCAUUCCUGGCGCCGGUCUUGGUCUGGAAGGUUAUGUCCUUUUCUCCAUUGGCAACCUUGAGCCUCUCUUCAAAGCCGUUUGGCCUGAUUGUUGGGGCAAGGAACCCACUACCUGCUCUCAUAAUUGGAUUGCCUCCGUGACAUACCUUGAAAUCAUCGGUAUCAUGGUUGGCCAGGCUGUUGUUGGUGUUAUGGGAGAUUGGGUCGGUCGCCGAUGGGGCCUCAUUCAGGAUGCUGCCAUCAUGUUCGUCGGUCUGCUCAUGCUCACUGCCUCAUGGGGCCUUACCCUUCAAGGCUGGGUUAUCUGUUAUGCCUGGUCUCUCUUCUUUUACGGUUUCGGUGUUGGUGGCGAGUACCCCAUUACAGCAACUUCUUCUCUUGAAGGUGUUUCUUCUGGUGGAAGGAUCUCGACUCGUGAAGAUCGUCUGCAUCGUGGUCGCCGUGUCACCACGGCUUUCCUCAUGCAGGGCUGGGGCCAGUUCGUGAACCAGGUUAUUCUCAUUGUUCUGCUCGCCAUCUUCAACAACGGCAAGAGUUCGCCUCCCUACAGCAAGUCGGCUGCCCAGUAUACUUUCCGACUGUCUUUUGCAUUCCCUGCCAUCGGUACGCUCUGGCUCCUCUACUAUCGUACUUACCGCAUGCGCAGCGCUGGUAAGCAGCUCGCUGAGGCAAAGAAGCGCUCUAACGUCACCGGCUAUGACGUGAACGCUCUUCGCCACUGCUUUACCAACUUCGGUGGACGUCUCUUUGCUACUGCUGGUACUUGGUUCUGCAACGAUGUCUUCUUCUACGGCAACAAGCUUUUCCAGGGUCAAUUCAUCAAGGUCAUCUCUCCUGACAGCAAGUCUAUCUUCACCACUUGGACCUGGAACCUUGUCAAUAUCACCGUCUCCCUGGCUGGCUACUAUCUCGCAUCUCUUCUCAUCGACAACAAGAUGUACGGCCGGAAGAUGAUGCAGCAAGUGGGCUUCUUCAUGUGCUUCCUGAUGUUCAUUAUUCCCGCCUUCAAGUUCGACUACUACACCAGUCCUGCGGGAAUCCAUUCUUUCCAGGCCAUGUACUUCAUAUCGUCCUUCUUCAACCAAUUCGGUCCCAACUCGGUCACCUUCCUCGUGGCUGGUGAGGUAUUCCCCACGCCCAUCCGUGCUACUGCCCACGGCUUCUCCGCCUGUAUCGGCAAAUCCGGCGCUCUUCUCGCUUCCGUUCUCUACAACUACAUUGAUGACCAGACUAAAUUCUACGUCGUCCCAUGGUUUGGUCUCGCUGGCAUGCUUCUGACAUGGAUCUUUCUUCCCGAUACUACUGGUCUUGAUCUUAAGGAGCAGGAGCGCCGCUGGUACUAUAUUCGGGAUGGCAAGGAGAGUGAGUACCACGGUGUUGCUGUCAACCCUACUCAUUUGUCUCUCUGGGAGCGCUUCCGAGGUCUCGGUAAGAGUUACGACCCCGAGGCUGACUGGCGGGCCAAGGUCCAGGAUAUGCGUACCGAAUGGGAGCUUGUCCAGGCCAGCCGCGGUCCUAAGGAGACUGAAGGUGCUAUGCCCAAUGACGGCGAGUUCUCGCCUGAGAUUCACGAAUUCUUCAAGCGCUCUAGCCCCAAGCACAUUGGUCGUCGCGACGAGUCUCUCAUGGUUGACCCAAUUAACGAGAAGACGGCUGUGCCGUCUGAUGAUUCUAAUUCGAAGUGAUCAUGUCCAAGCAUGGUCGUAUUCGUAGCGAAUCACUGCAUUACACACAUUUUAACAUGUAGCAGUGAGCGGUUUACAGCAUGAGCUUGGCGUCUGGGUUUAAUAUAUCAUUAGUUAGUAAUUCCUGGUUUCGGAAUUUAAAAGUUCGCGUAUGUCAGUUUUGAUAUGUGUGGGAGGUAUAAUUAUGAUGUAUGUUUAAAAGGGGGGGGGGCUUGGAUGAAUCAUAUAUCAGACUUCGGCUUUUCACAAUACGUAUCUCGUAUCUCGUUCUUGUCCGACCAAUGAUCAGAGGUUUGGUUACAUACAAGUGAU